AUGCGGACAAACAUCGACAAAGAGAUCGAGGCUAUCGACCUAGAUCAAUUAUUUGACCAAACCGUUGAGACAGGCUUGUUUCAGCAGUAUACCGAUGCUACCACGGGCCCUUCCAGCUCCGAGGAUCUUUCGUAUCUCUUUGAGGAGCCUUCCUCGAACGGGAGUAACCCGUGCGACACGACAGCCUUGCCCAAUUGGGGCACGUCGAACGAGGGCGAUGCUUGGCACAAGGCUAUCCACCGACUGGGGGAACAAAACGUAGCCUCGCCCCUCAUUGACGACAGAUUCUCCUCCGUAUACCCUCAGAGCGACGGCAAGGCCAGCCUGAGCGAUCCACUGUUGGGCAAUUUCGAGGAACUGCUCAUCUUGGACGAUUUCGAUUCACGACCUGCCUCUCAGCCUUCCACACCCAAAGCGCAGGUUGAGAAGCCUACCCGGAAGGCUAGGUCUAGUCCGGACCGGUCAAUCCGCCACGGAGUUCACAAGGUCUCUCACAAAAAGUCUGCGAGUGCGGGCAACAUCGUCAAGAUGAUGCGUCCUUCGACUUACCGCGCUGGCCUCCAGGACAUCUGGACACGCAAAUUGGACAACGGCGCCGAGACCUUCAACCUCCAUAUGCCACCACAUAACAUACACUCGCCGCCUCCGACCGGCAAGCUUGUUCCAGACGAGCACUCCAACAACUACUUCUCUCGUGAACCACAGCCUUACACCAUUGCCGUGUCUCCGUUAGCGGGCGAGUCUGGGUCUUCACCAGGUAUUCACUCUGCAAACUACCAGCUCACACCUCAGUCAUCACCAGCGGUCGAUCAAAAUGGCAUGUCCAACGCAUUCCAGUUCUCCAACGAUGGGAUGAAUGGCGCGUACAUCACCAAUGCGGCUCUCUCAGCCUUGCAGACCCCGCCCCCAUCUAAUCGGAUGCCCAGUUCAGCGUGGGGCUCCGACACAUCACCCAACGUCGACUUCGGCUCCUUCUCGUCAUCACCUGAUUUUCACUCCACCACAAAAACCACCGGGUGGUGGAACAGCCCCAACUCACAUCCCAACUCCAUACCCGUCACAGGAACCUCCACACCAUCCACAUACCAAGGCUCACAGUCACGGUCCGCCAGCAAAAACAUGGGCUUCAGCUCCUCCUCCAGCUCGGUAGCCGGCCUAGGCAUCUCCUGCGACAGCGCCAGCUUCGGCGCGUACGGCCCCGACCUCAACGCCAGUCAAAACGGCAUCCCCCAGCCGCGCUUCACGCGCCGCCGGCACUCGUCGCACCCGCAUAACCGCGCUGCCUCCCGCCGCAAGUCGUCAGGAUCCAGCCAGCACUCUGCGCACGCCGGGCAGCGGGGUGUCUCGCUGGGUGGCGGGUUCGUCAACUUCACGCCGGACGACAGCAGGAAGAUACUAACCGGUGUCGCACCGAGCGGGAGUUCGAAGACGAAGGCUCGGCGGGAGAAGGAGGCGGCUGAGAAGAGAAGGAAGCUGAGCCAGGCGGCGGUCAAGGCGGUUAUGGAGGCGGGCGGAGAUUUGUGGAGGCUCGAGAAGGAGGGGCUACUUGCGCUUGAGGGUUAG